AUGUCUUCUUCUUCUUCUUCUUCCUCCGAUUCCGAGAGCUCUAGUACCAGCUCAAGUAGUGAGGAAUCACACACCGAGUUAUCCAGCCCCCCUCACGGCCCCCUUCGUAGGCCUGGGAAACUUAGGAGGCCUGAGAGAGUUUCACCUCAUCCCACUUCGGAGUCUCAUGUGAGUAGUGAUCCCAACUUAGAAAGCUUACCCGAGGAUCUAACCACGGACCAUUCUACCAUAACCGAGAGGGAGUUGUUUCCCCUCCUCCGAAAAUACCGUCUCAUUCAUGAUGAGUAUUGGUAUAGUGAACCCCGAGGUCUGAAAGUUCACCAGGCCCCCUAUGGCUGUAUCACCGUCUACGAGCAGGCCUUGGCUGCCGGCCUUAGAUUUCCUCUCGCGACUCCUGUAGUUGAGGUGUUUGCUAUCGUUGGGUUAUGCCCCUCUCAGUUGACUCCCAAUGGCUGGAGGUGCCUAUCUACCUUCAUUCUCUGUUGUCGAGCUCGGGACAUUGAGCCCACUGCUCAACUUUUCUUUAGGAUGUUCAAAGUAAUUUCCAUUAGCAAAACUGAACCUCGAUUUGCUUUUUCCCCCCUCAACCAGCGUCAGUUCGUAGUCGAUAACCCCACAUCGGUAAAACGAUGGAAGAGUAGAUUUUUCUUUGCUGGCUUGAAAGACCGGGGGGUCAGCUUCGGGGUGCCAGUUGAGUGGGCUUUCCAGCCCUCAAAGGUCCGUAGUCGCAAGAUCACGCAGGACGAGCUUCACAAUAUUCAGAUUUUGAGAGAGCUGAACCCUAUCAGCGCUCGGGUCCUGAUAUGUGAUCGCACCUUGUACCUGGGGGGUUUAUCCACUCACACUUGCUUCGAGCCUGAUGUCACUUUGGCUGAAAUGGUGAGCACAGCUUUUAUCUGGGGGAAGAACAAACGGAGACCCGUGGAGGACGAGGGCGCCCCAGCUCUUACGGGGGGAAAGGCUGCCUUGAAUGCUCCUCCUGCUGAGGAAGGAGAGCCUAGUCGUGCUAAAAGGAAGAGGACUUCCCAUCCUCCGAGAGAGCUCAUGCCAGCCCCGGAGUCUCCUCCCCAUAGUCCAGACCAUGUUCCUGAUUGGGGAGUGAAGGCAAGUGAUCUCAGCCGGAACACUCAGGUGGCCAGACGUAUGAUUCAUCACUUUGCCACUCCCGCCGAUCGUCAGGUGUUGGCCGAGCAGUCCUCGGAGGCCGUAGAAGCCACAUUGUGCAAGUAUCUGGCCCAGGUGGUCACACUCGUUUCGGACUUUUCCGGACGUUUCUCUCAAGCUUCCAAGAAGACCUUGGAACUAGACACCCAGCUGCAGGAAAGAGACGAGUUACUGGAGAGCCACAGGAAAAACUUGGAUGAGUUGUCCUCCCAGCGGCAGGCUUCAGACCUACGUAUUCAGGGGCUAGAGGCAGAGCUGUCUCGGAUGAGCUCCAAGCUAUCUCGGGCGAACUCAGUCAUUCGCCAAUACGAGCGCAAGUAUGCCGAGCCCAUCAAACUUCCUGAGGUAGAGGAGUUCCUCCAGAAGAACCUGCAGGACGCUUGGACAAAGGGAUUCCAAGCUCAUGAGACAGAGGUAUUACGAGCUCAUCCAGACUUGGACAUGUCCACUGUUCGGUCUGUUGCGGAGAUUGUGGCCGGGAUGGAGGACUCGGAGAUGGCUAACGAUGGUGAUGCGCCUCCUGAUGCUUGA